AUGGCGACUGGCAGCUCUUCUCCAUCCAAAUUCGUCAAGACCCGGACGUGCCUCUGCUCGCCGACGAACCACCCGGGGUCGUUCCGAUGCAGCCUCCACAAGAACCGGCCGUCGACGAGCAGCAUCCGGUCGAAUCGACGGGAAUUGGCGGCGGCGGAAGCGAUGGCGAAAGCGUUCACCUUACGGGCUUUCCUGCUGCAGAUCAUCAAGCCGUCGAAUCAGGAUCAGAAGCGGCGGAGGAAUUUCCAGCCCCGACCGUCGAGGUUCUUCACGAUGAACGCCAGCAGCGGCAGCGGCGGUGUAGCGGUUUCGUAA